GUAAAUAACCAGGGGUGUGUGUUUACAUUUACAUUUACAUUUACGUCAUUUAGCAGACGCUCUUAUCCAGAGCGACUUACAGUUAGUGAGUGCAUACAUUAUUUUUUUUAAUUUUUCAUACCCGCGUGGGAAUCGAACCCACAACCCUGGCGUUGCAAACGCCAUGCUCUACCAACUGAGCUACAUCCCUGCCGGCCAUUCCCUCCCCUACCCUAGACGACGCUGGGCCAAUUGUGCGCCGCCCCAUGGGUCUCCCGGUCACGGCCGGCUACGACAGAGACUGGAUUCGAACCAGGAUCUCUAGUGGCACAGCUAGCACUGCGAUGCCUUAGUUUAGAAACAUACCCCUGUGUCUGCAACCAACAGGUCUGAACUGGCCCUGCUAGGACACACACACACACACAGACAGGACCGUCCCAUGGCCUCACCACAUUCCUGUGUCUGUGUGUCGGGUUGACUGUGUUACUCUGGUGUUCCGACCCUUUCCUCCUCUCCCUGACCCCCCAGGGAUGGAGUGACUGGGCCUUGGUGUAAUUGGCCAAGUGAAAUUCAAACUACUGCUUUGAACUUUGCCCUCACUCUUCCCAUCCCACACAUACACACGCAAUUGACCACUCAGAAUGAUGUGCGUGGGACGGGGAGAGUGAGGGCAAAGUUCACAGCAGUAGUUUGAAUUUGUAGAUUGAACACAGAAGUGAGAAGGCAUUUUAUCAGCUGUGUUGUUAUGGUUACCAACAUAAAAAAUGACUACAGUUUACUGUAGAAAUCUACAAUACUUAUUGUAGAAUUAUAUAGUAAACUGUAGUAUAUUGUAGAAUACUAUACUACACACUGCAGUAUCCCUCGAUCAUGUGUAGUGCUUACUAUAGAAUGUUGUAGUAUACUGACGAAUACUAUAGUAAAUUCUAGUGUAUUAACCAGAGAAAAAAAACACUGUAGUAAAUAUUACAGUAAUAUCCGCAAAAACACUACAGUCUGCAAAAACAUUACACUUUUUUAACUAUAGUAAAUAGAGUAUAUAAUUUGCAUGUACCCUGCCCAUUCCCCUCCCCCAUAUCGCAAUUUGUGCCACCAAUAAGUGAGAAACCUACAUGCCAAGUAUAGACCAUAUAUUGUGUUCCCUACAGGUUAUAGAAAACAGCAGUUCUGAACUAUCCGUUCAGACCCCGGUCCUACCUACCUACAGGUUAUGGAAAAUUAGCUUUCUGAAUGAGAAAACCUCCACUUCUAUGUCAAAAGCACUACAGUAACUACUACAGUCCGCAAAAACACUACAGUAAAUUCUACAGUAUAGUACAGUCCGCAAAAACACUACAUUCAUAACUAUAGUAUACAGUAUACUACAGUUUUCUUUUACUACAGUAUUUAUACUAUAGUUAACUGUACAGUAUACUACAGUGAAUACAGUAAAGUCCCCAAAACACUACAGUGAAUACUAUAGUAUUUAUACCAUAGUAUACUAUAUAAUUUUUUCAUGUGGGUAGUGUGCGUUAUUAGGUGUAGUGUUAUGACUAGGUUUUGUAACCUACCUCAGUGUUUCCCCUAGGAAUUCUACACAUUUUGCAAUGUGGCUGAGAGAAAAAUUGCAGUUUUUCAGCAAAUUUCCUGCAAUUCUACACAUUUUGCCAUGGCUUAUGCCAUAUUUUUAUGCUAUCUGAGUGACUCAAAGAUUAUCACAAAAUUUUUUGAAUUUUAGAUUCUCCCUGACUGUCUAUUUUUAUUUUGAUAAUUGUUAGUUCUCAAAGAUGAUCUCCCGAGUGGCGCAGUGGUCUAAGGCACUGCAUCGCAGUGCUAGCUGUGCCACUAGAGAUCCUGGUUUGAAUCCAGGCUCUGUCGUAGCCGGCCGCGACCGGGAGACCCAUGGGGCGGCGUGCAAUUGGCCCAGCGUCGUCCAGGGUAGGGGAGGGAAUGGCCGGCAGGGAUGUAGCUCAGUUGAUAGAGCAUGGCGUUUGCAACGCCAGGGUUGUGGGUUCGAUUCCCACAGGGGGUAUGAAAAAAAUAAAAUAAUAAUAAUAAUAAUAAUGUAUGCACUAACUGUAAGUCGCUCUGGAUAAGAGCGUCUGCUAAAUGACAAAAAACAAAAACAAAAUGUUAUUAAAAAGAUAUAGCUCCAUUAUCUUUUCUACAUACUCUAUAUCUGGUUUUAGUCGUUUAAGUUUACACUGAAAACGUUUUACCGGAAAUAAUAAUAAUAAAACAUACAUAUUUUUGUUUAAUGUAGGGGAAACACUGUACCUAUCAGGCAUGGGGUUAUGGUGAGGUUGGACAGCCAUGAGGUGUGGUUCCCAAUACCAGGCUAGUUCCUGGUUCCUGCUUUUCUGUCUUAGACAUAGCACAGCACAUGGUGACACAGGGUGUCUGUGGAAGUGGGUCAGACCCUCUAAUGUGAUUAGCAGGAUAAUGGAGAUGCUAAUCAGCCUCCUGUGUGUGUGUGUGUGUGUGUGUGUGUGUGUGUGUGUGUGUGUGUGUGUGUGUGUGUGUGUGUGUGUGUGUGUGUGUGUGUGUGUGUGUAAAUCACUCCUCUAUUUACUAUAGUAUGCUAUGUACUGCUUCUCCUCUGUGACUGUGGAGUGACAGAGGCAUUUAGCAGUUUUGGGUAUAAACAGUGCACUUGUAUUUACCCAAUUCCUCUCUCUUUCUCCUAGUAGGUGGCUAUAGGGGAUCAGUAGUCUGGGAAAGUACCAGUAUUUUAGUGUUUUGGGCUGACCUUUUGGUUUCAAGUUCUGGUGUUAUGCAGUUUGUGUGUGUGUGUGUUGUAACACUGGGGGUUCUGAAUUGGGGGUUUGUUAAAGAGAGUGACGAUCACGUCCAGCUCUGUGAAAACACCUCUUGUUCUCCGCUGGAAUAAAAGGGAGGGAGGGAGGGAGUGAGUGAGGGGGAGAGAGGAAGAAAGGGAGGCAUGGAAGGGCAUUGCAAUGUGCUGUUAGCUGAGACUUCCGCUGCCAUGUGAGCACUGCAUGCAAAUCACACCGCACAAACAAGUACACAGGAGCAAGGGUCACAGCACUGUUCCUCAGAGAGAGAGAGAGAGAGAGAGAGAGAGAGAGAGACUACUCACAGCGCUUAUACCUACAUGUUUGUGUUUGUUUGUCAGUGUGUGUUCACUUCUGUUUGUUUGCACUUUUGCCUGUGUCUGUACAUUUUAUGUGCCUCUGAGUCUUUCUAUGGGUUUUAUGUUUGUUUUACAGAUGUAGAAUCUUAAUUUGAUCACUCUUUUUUUUGCUCAGGAUUUUCCUGCACGGCAGGAAAUGUAAACUUGUAGUGUAUUCAAGGUUUCAAAAGGCUUUCCACUAUAAAAUGUCAGACUUCAUUUUCCCUAACAAAAAAUGUAUCAACCCUAUAAAGAAUGUCCAUUAAUUAUAAUCCAUAUAAUAAUUCACAUUUCCUGUUGCUGCAGGAUUAUUUUCCUACUGUAGCAAACUGGCUCAAAUUAAGAUCCUACAUCUGUGAGUGCUGUUUUCUUAGGUGUGGGUUUUGUGGGUUGGUUCUUACAUCCUUGUGGGGACCUAAAAAUCCCCAAAAGUCCCCACAAGGAUAGUAAAACAAGGAAAAUUCACCCUCGUGGGGACAUUUCCCACGUCCCCAUGAGGACAAAGGCUAUUUUAAGCUUAGGGGUUAGGUUUAGGGUUACAAUUAGGGUUGGGGUUAGAAUUAGGGUUAGGGUUAGGGUCAGGGGUUAGGGUUAGAAGUUAGGUUUAGGGUUAGGUGUUAGGGAAAAUAGUAUUUUGAAUGGAAAUUAAUUGUAGGUUCCAACGUAGAUAGAAGAACAUAAUGUGUGUGUGUGUGUGUAUGUGUGUGUGAUUUAUGAGGUUGGAAUGGGAGCCACAGGAGGGAAAGGUCAAACGGUGUAUCCCCACUCUUUUACCAAGUAUGGAAUAAGUGCUCUUCAUCAAGGGGGAAUGGUGUGUAAUGUGUGUGUGUGUGUGUGUGUGUGUUUGUCAGCUGGGAGCAGGUGCUUUUGUGGCAGGGGGAAAAUAGUGGCAUUUAGCACUAUGCAGCUGACGGAGUACAGUCUCCAAUGACAACAAACACAGACCUAUACCAGCGCUAACUGACACACCAACAACACAGUCACGCACACACACAUAUUUUUCAAUGGAAGAGAUAGCGAGAGCAUAGAGGGACAGAAAAAGGAAUGCAUUUCUAUGCCUGUAUGUGUAAUUUACUUGUAGAUACAUAUGGCAACCUAAUUAACCAAACCCCUCCCCUCUCUGUUUCUCUUUCUCUCCAUUCAGACUGAACACUGAUGGGACCGCCCCCCUCCUACACCCCAUGUUCCUCGCUCCCUCUCUCUCGCUCUCCUGGCUGUGAAUGAGGGAUCAAGCUGCAGCCUAGUGACGAGGUCGCCACGCAGACAGCUGGACCGUGUGCUGCGGUAGACAACCUUUAACCUCCACCAUCCCCUCCCCAGGGGUCAACGGGACCACCAUCGUCACGGCAAUGUGGACACUCCCCCCCCCCCCCCUCCCCCCUCCCCAUGCCUCCUUUCCUUCCCACUCUCGGCACCCAAACAUUAA